AUGAACUUCAAGGCCUUUGUCUUCCUGGUCCUGCUCAGCACGGCCGCGACCGUGCCGGCUCGCGAGCUCAAGGGCGUCCCUGGCCGCAAGUUGGCCCAGGCCAGUGCAAAUGCCGUCGCACAGGCGAUUGCCAGCGGAAAUGGCGCUGCAUUCGCCAAUGCCGCAGCUCAGGCCACCGCCAGUGGUGAGACCCUCAGCAUCGCCAACGCCAAUGCCUCUGCCAACGCCUCCAGCAAUGGUGGCAGCGCCAACGCCGCCGCCCAGGCCAACGCCUCCAGCAACGGCAGCGGCAGCGCCUCUGCCUCGUCCCAGGCCAACGCCUUCGCCGGCGGCCGCUGA